GCUCCGGCCCGGGAUUCCCAGGUGUUCCCAUUCGGGGUUCAGGACAGAACACUCACCAUGGAGUUUGGGCUGAGCUGGGUUGUCCUUGUGGCGAUUUUACAAGGUGUCCAGUGUGAUGUGCAGCUGGUGGAGUCUGGGGGCGGCUUGGUGCAGCCAGGGGGGUCUCUGCGACUCUCCUGUGCAGCGUCUGGAUUCACCUUCAGUAGCUAUGCCAUGAGCUGGGUCCGCCAGGCUCCAGGGAAGGGGCUGGAGUGGGUCUCAGCUAUUAGUAGUAGUGGUGGUAGCACAUACUAUGCAGACUCUGUGAAGGGCCGAUUCACCAUCUCCAGAGACAACUCCAAGAACACGCUCUACCUGCAAAUGAACAGCCUGAGAUCUGAGGACACGGCCGUGUAUUACUGUGCGAAAGAUACACAGUGAGGGGAAGUCAGUCCCUUCAGCAUCACUUCAUCCCUGGACAAAGAGUCCCCCAGGCAUCGGGACGGAGACCCCAGAGAUUUUCUGGGCUCCAUGAAUGUCAUCUGCAGGAAGAUGAAUCCACUGUGGUUCUUCCUCUUCCUGUUGUCAGCGCCCAGAGGUGUCCUGUCCGAGUUGCAGCUGCAGGAGUCGGGACCCAGCCUGGUGACGCCCUACCAGACCCUCUCCCUCACCUGCACCGUCUCUGGAGACUCAUUAUCCAACUUUAAUGUCGACUGGGUCCGACAGCCUCCAGGAAAGGGGUUGGAGUGGCUUGCUGAGAGCAGUUAUAAAGGAAACACGUAUUAUAACCCAAGUCUUAAGUCCCGGCUCAGCAUCACCAGGGACACGUCCAAGAACCAAGUCUACUUAUCACUGAGCAGCCUGACAACUGAAGACACAGCCGUGUAUUAG